GCCUGCGGCGCUGCGGCCUUUACUGUGAUACUGUGAGGAUUUACGGUGACACCUUUUUUGCAGCACGAAUCCCUUUCCUCUUUUCCCGUCAAUAUAUAAUCUCCUUAUACCCAAAAAACAAAAAAGAGCAGUAUAUUUUCAUACGGGAAAGAGAAAAGUGUAUACAAAAAUAAUUAACAAUCCAAAAUCCAACGGUUGAGUCGUUGAAUCGGUGUAACGCCCGAACUUUGAGCAGUAACCUCACCAAGGUUUCUACCACCUUGUGUCAGUGAGCGUUUUGUUUUUCAACAUAGAAAAAAAAAAAAAAAACAACGGUGUGGUAUCGCGUAUCGAACUUGUUUUAUUUUGAAUAAUAUCGCAAGUGUCAUUAUACGCGAAUAUAUAUUGAUGAACUCGGGUUGAUCAAACAAAUAAGUGCGUUAGAUAAAUGAAAAAAUAUUGACUUUGAAUGUGGCGAAUUUUUUUGCGUUCCGACGUAGAGGCACCAAUCUGACAGUUGGUUCAUACCGCAUACGUUUUUUGUUAAUUUCAAUUCGACGUCUCUUCGUGAUUCUAACGAUUUUUGGAACGUUAUGACUCGAAAGACUAUCUCAAAACAAUAGAAUUCACUUUUUUUUUGUUUAUUUAUUUAUUUUUUUUUUUUUUCACAAAAUCUUGAGGCUCAUAUAGCAGCUCGAAGCUCAUAGUUCGGCAGCCUUAAUUAACAAAAUAUUGUAAAAAAAGCCAAAGGAGUUUGAAAAAAUGUCAAAGAAUAAAUUAAAUCUGACACUGCCGCCGGGCUCUAUAGAGCCGGUACCGGUCGUGUCACCUUCUCCGCCGGUUCAACCCCUCGCAACGUAUGCCGAGCCGCCUGUUAUACAAGACAGAGUCAUGGGUAAAAUGAGCAUCGACGCCAUACAAGAAAGACUGGAAGAAUUGGAAAUGGACGAGGAACAGCGCAAGAGACUCGAGAGCUUCUUGGGUCAAAAAGAAAAAGUUGGAGAAUUGAGCGACGAAGAUUUUGAAAAAUUGGGCGAACUCGGAGCUGGAAACGGCGGUGUUGUAAUGAAAGUGAGGCAUAAAAAGUAUGGCCUUAUCAUGGCUAGAAAGCUGAUUCAUCUGGAAGUCAAGCCGGCUAUAAAGAAACAAAUUAUUCGUGAACUGAAAGUACUCCACGAGUGUAACUUUGCCCACAUUGUUGGAUUUUACGGAGCUUUUCACAGCGACGGAGAAAUUAGCAUAUGCAUGGAAUACAUGGACGGCGGAUCGCUCGACCUCAUACUGAAAAAAGCUGGAAGAAUACCGGAGCCGAUACUGGGAACAAUAACAUUGGCGGUGCUGAAAGGUUUGAGUUAUUUGCGAGACAAACAUUCGAUUAUGCAUCGCGAUGUUAAACCGAGUAACAUACUCGUCAAUAGCGCUGGUGAAAUAAAAAUCUGUGAUUUUGGAGUUUCUGGACAGUUGAUCGAUUCAAUGGCCAACUCUUUUGUUGGCACGAGGAGUUAUAUGUCGCCAGAAAGAUUGCAGGGCACCCAUUAUUCUGUUCAAAGUGACAUUUGGUCGUUGGGACUGUCGCUUGUAGAAAUGGCGAUUGGAAUGUAUCCUAUACCUCCGCCGGAUGCACGAACUUUGGUCUCGAUUUUUGGCCCUCAUGCUGCACAAUCACCCGUUGAAAAUGCUACUACCGUCACCAGUACCACUAUCGCCACCGCCACCACCACCACCAACACCAACACCAACACCAACACCAACACCAACACCAACACCACCACCACCACCACCACCACCAUCAUCGACACCACCACCACCACCACCACCACCGCCACCGCCACCGCAGCCACCGCCACCGCCACCACUACCGCCACCAACACCACCAACAUCACCAACACCGUCAACAAUGUAUCUACGCCGACCUCGCAAUCACCCGCACACAACGCUGGUAGUCCCAGACCAAUGGCAAUUUUCGAAUUGCUCGAUUACAUCGUAAAUGAGCCGCCACCGAGGCUGCCACCGGGAAUUUUUACUGACUCUUUUAUGGACUUUGUCGAUCGCUGUUUGAAGAAGAAUCCAGCUGAGCGAGCUGAUUUAAAAACACUGAUGAAUCACGAGUGGAUAAAGAAGGCCGAAAUGGAGAACGUCGACAUCGCUGGAUGGGUUUGUCGAACUAUGGAUCUGCAACCGACCACUCCGACCCGUCUGGAGAACGUACAGUCCUGAAUAAAUGUCACUCUUACAUACUUGACCACGUACAUACGCGUUCAAAACUCCUGAGUCACUUUUCGUUAGGAAUAUAUACGUAUCAUACGUAUAUUUCGAAUAUGUUGUUGUUGUUUUUUUAUAUAUAUAAUAAUCGGUUAGUCCAUUAUUGUUUUCCUCGUAAAGUGGCGGCGUUAGCUGUUUCCGUUGUUGAAAUAUCUCUAUCCUUCGACUGGUGAACGUGAAAUGUACACGGGGGAACGUGUAAAAUGCUGGCAUCAAUUCCAAUUGAGUCGUUCUCGAUAGCGACGAUCCCGAAGGACAAAAAAAAAAGAGAGAGAAAGAGAGGAAAAUAAGUUAAUCGACGGAUCGAAGGAUCCUAUAGUUGCAAAGUAAUAAAAUUAAUCGAGUAACUCGAGUGUGUUCAAACGGGCAUUGUGAAUAACUCGCGAUGUAAUAAAAAUUUUGCGAAAAAUGUGAUUCGCGCGACGUCACGCCACCACUACUACUCUUCAUCAUAGAUUCAUUCACCCGAUCAUUAUCAUUAUUUGUUUUUGUUUACUUAAUCAUCUCUCAUCAGUUUCCUUUGAAAAGUAUGUAAGACAAUGUGAAAGCAAGAUAACACACACACACACACGGUGAGAAGAGUUAUAGCGUCGUACAUUACGUACAUUUAGAUAUUGUUAUAAGAAUAAAGAAACCGCGCGCGUGCGCAUGCCCACGAUGUAUGUAUUUCCUGUGAUAAGAAUUAGGAUAUCGAUAGAGAAAAAAAAUGCAAACGUACAUUUAAAACAAUUAUGAUACGAGCAUAUGCAUAUAGGCAUAAAUUAAAAAACAACAACAGACAAUUAUUCGACGCGAUUUAUUUAUUUAUUAUACGAGGAUUUGUACCUGAAGAUGUCCAACGUUUUUUAAACAUGUUUUAUCAUUUCAGUCACACCCGGCUUAAAUCUUUUAUGCCGCGCAUAGAUAUAUAUAUAUAUAGGUACAUAUACGUAUAUCUAUCGAUAAUAAUACAAAUACUCGAAAUUCAUGCGGAUAAUUGGGGUAAUUCGCCCACUAACGAUACACACCGGGGAUGAUACCUUUCGAAAGAUUUCUCUAGCAAACGUUUCAAACGUCGAAUAAAAUUACUUUAAUCCCCAUCA